CCAGAGCAGAAGCUCCACCCUCCUUUUUGGCUUCUCCCUCCUGGAAGGGGGAAAGGGCUUCAUCUCCCGCGAGGGCUGCAUAGGACUUGGUAGCACCUGUAAUUAGGAGACAAAAAGGCUUGAGGCAGAAAUUGGCAGGAGACGAAGGAGUUCCUGCAGCCUCUUGGAGGCUUUUCUAGAGCAGAUCACAGAUGGAUGGGGAAGACUCAUCUGGCUCAGAAGCAGGAAGAGGCUCCCAUAUCACCCAGGCUGGGAGCAGUGGGGGACUCUGGGGAAGAACCAUGCAGAUGGUCCUGGGCGAGGAGGACACCCUCAGCUCAGAUGUGCAGCAGCAACAGUUCAGGCAUUUCCGCUACCAGGAUGCUGAGGGGCCCCGAGAGGUUUGCAGCCGACUCCAUCGUCUCUGCCGGCAGUGGCUGAAGCCAGAGCGACACACGAAGAAUCAGAUCCUGGACCUGGUGAUCCUGGAGCAGUUCUUGGCUGUCCUUCCACCAGAGAUGGAGAACUGGGUGAGGGAAUGUGGAGCGGAGACCACUUCCCAGGUGGUCGCCCUGGCAGAAGGUUUCCUCCUGAGCCAGGCAGAGGACAGGAAGCAGGCGGAGCAGCAGAGAAAGGACCCGUUUUCAGAAAUGGCCACUGCUUUCCUUGAGGCAGAGAAGACUUCACUGGAUACCAUACAGAGGCCUCUGGGAGAUGGAGUGAUGCCGGCAAGACCUCCUCAGCCGUCUCUUCUCUGUGGCGGAGGGGAAGCAGCUUCUGUGGCACUGGAACAGGGCCCAGUGUCCUUUGAGGAUGUGGCUGUGCAUUUCACAGAGGAGGAGUGGGCCCUGCUGGAUCCUGACCAGAAAGCGCUGCGUAAGGAAGUCAUGGAGGAGAAUUUUGGAGUUGUGGCCUCUCUCGAAAGUGGCAAAUUGCAAAUUAAGAAUAAGGGAGACCACAAUAAAAUCCAUACAGUGGAGAAGCCGUAUAAAUAUUUGGAGUGUGGAGAGAGCUUCAUUCAGAGCUUCCAUCAAAGUAUUCACACAGCAGGGAAACCCUAUCAAUGCUUGGAAUGUGGAAAGAGGUUCCGUCUGAACAAAGACCUUGCUUGUCAUCAAAAAAUUCACACCAAGGAGAAACCAUAUCAGUGUUUGGAAUGUGGAAAGAGCUUUAGCUGGAAGGAAAGUCUCACUGUGCAUAAAAGAAUUCACAGCGGGGAGAAGCCAUAUCAAUGCUUGGAAUGUGGAAAGAGCUUCAGAGUCAGCUCCCACCUCACUGCCCAUCAAAGAAUUCACAGUGGAAUGAAACCAUAUAAGUGCUUGGAAUGUGGCAACAACUUCACCUGCAAGGCUAGUCUUACUUACCAUCAAAGAAUUCAUACAGGGGAGAAACCAUAUCAGUGCUUGGAAUGUGGAAAGAGCUUCAGAGGCAGCUCCCACCUCACCUCCCAUGAAAGAAUUCACAGUGGGAAGAAGCCAUAUCAAUGCUUGGAAUGUGGAAAGAGCUUCAGAGAGAGCUCCAGUCUCACCUCCCAUGAAAAAAUUCACAGCGGGGAGAAACCAUAUCAAUGUUUGGAAUGUGGAAAGAGCUUCAGCUCAAGAAAAAAUCUUACUUGCCAUCAAAGAAUUCACAGUGGAAUGAAACCAUAUAAGUGCUUGGAAUGUGGCAACAACUUCACCUGCAAGGCUAGUCUUACUUACCAUCAAAGAAUUCAUACAGGGGAGAAACCAUAUCAAUGCAUGGAAUGUGGAAAGAGCUUCAGAGACAGUUCCCACCUCUCUUCCCAUGAAAGAAUUCACAGUGGGAAGAAGCCAUAUCAAUGCUUGGAAUGUGGAAAGAGCUUCAGAGUGAGCUCCAAUCUCACCUCCCAUGAAAAAAUUCACAGCAGGGAGAAACCAUAUCAAUGUCUGGAAUGUGGAAAGAGCUUCAGCUUAAGGAAAAAUCUUACUUGCCAUCAAAUAGUUCACACAGGGGAGAAACCCUAUCAGUGCUUUGAAUGUGGAAAGAGUUUAACCACCAAAAGAAAUCUCACUUCCCAUCAAAGAAUUCACAGCAGAGAGAAACCAUAAAGUAGGUGGCAGCUGGUGGGCCUGACAGGGCUGCCGAGAGGUGCAUGAGGCAUGGCCAACAAAUUUGCUGAGGCUUGGUCAAGUUGCUCUCUUGCAAAGGGACUGUGGGCACUUAAGCAUUAUAACUGUACGAUUACAUAGCAUCUAACUAAAGUGAAAAGUCUCUCAUCUGGUUCAGAAGUGGUCCCUGCUGUCCCUGUUGCAGAGAGCAGGAGGAAAUAUGUGUGGCCUUCACAUCAUUCUUUCCCCAUCCUCCACCUUUGCAAACAAACAGUGGACACUUAAACAUUACAGUUGUGCACAGUCUUAGCACUUAAACGUCUAAUCUUGGUUCAGAAUUGCUCUCACAAUUUUUAGGGUGAGAUCAUGAUACAAUAACCUUACAUUACAGAGAAGUGAGCCCCACUCAAUUUGCAUAGGGAUUUUUCGCUGAUAAUUAUGUACAGGACUGCAGCCUGGCUUGAUUCGUGUUAAAGAUGCCAGUUAGGUCUGUUGAGAAAGGUCCCCAUAAAUUUCCAAACCUA